CAGAAUAAUGGUGAAGCAAGGCAAAAAGACAUUGCUGGAAAAGUGGGAUAUUCCUGUGCAUCAUCUGGAUUUCGAUUAUGUGAAACAGUGCACAAAUACAAAGGAGUUGGAGAGAAUUUGUCUCAUUCUACAAUCCGGUGAGGAAGGAUUUUAUCCGGAUUUGACAAAAUGCGCAGAAGAACGACUCAAAUGCUUGAAACCCAACAGUAAGAUUUUGCGAACGGAGUCUCCGAUGAUUAAAUCAAGUGAAUUGGAUCAAGAAACUUCUCGAGAAAUCUCAAGGAAUCUUGCAAAUUGGAGUGUGCGUGCAAAAAAGACGGAGGAAGACGUGAAGAAAGUAAAGAAUCUGGAGAUUGAAUAUCCGCCCGUGAGACAACACAUUGAAUCUUCCGUUGAGAGUUCAAAGAAGAAGUCUACAGAUCGCAUUAAGUCCUACGAAUACCAAAAAUGGGAUCAAUACGAUGCAGAUGCAGAAGCUCUGAAAUUGGAUCUUCAAGAAGAGAUCCAAAAGGAAAAGAUUGAGCGAGAAAAAUCUCUGAAGGAAAAUAAGAAGGUUAUUAUAGAAGAAAUUGCUGAUCACAUUUCGAGCAAAUUGACGACGAUUGAGAGAGAAGAAUUGGCUCUCAAGUACAAAAUCAAAGGCAAUGAGUAUUUCAAGACGAGUGACUUUCUCGAGGCCUAUCAGGAGUACACGAAAUCCAUAGAAAUGCUCCCAAAUGCCGUUGGAUACAACAACAGAGCAAUUGCGGCCAUAAAAUUGGGACGACUGAAGGAAGCCACGGAUGAUUGUGAUGAAUGCCUGAAAUUGGAGCCCAAAAAUGUCAAAGCUCUGCUCAGGAAGGCUCAAGCCUUGCAACUCGACGACUGCAAAAGAUCAGCUUACGAAGUUCUUCAACGUGUCCUCGAGAUCGACCCUGAAAACGCCAUUGCUCUCAAAUCUAUUGAGAAGCUUAAGAAGGAAAUUCCACCACCGCCCGCUGGUGCUUUUCGCAUAAAGAUUGAGGAGGAGCCGGAAGAAGACUUCUCCAAGCUGAUCAUUCCCAACAAGAUCGUGAAGAAUAACAUGAGCACUGUGGCGCAGAGCAUCGGGAAGCUGUGUGGCAGAGCCACUAAAAAGCGGAAGGAAGGUCAAACAACUCAUGAUAAGGCUGAUAUUCUCACUCCCCUUUGUUCUGUUGACGCGUGCGAAUCACGUGGAGCCAUCAUAGAAGAGAUUUUCGAUUAGGCAGCACUAAUUGGAAUUGCUAUAAGCCAGAGUAAUGAUGAAGUGUUCUAGGAUUAGAUAAAUACGCCUGUAAAAUCUAGCGCAAUGCAACAAUAUGCAUAGAAAUUUACACGGUUAAUUGAUAUGAUUACCGGCUUCAGAGAUAUACUGAAUGGGUCA